CGCAAAACCAGCGAAUAGAAUCAAAUAUAAAAACAAAACAAGCUAAAACUUGAUCAACAUCGCUAGCAAAAAACCUCCAAAUGUUCGCAUUUUCAACGAGGGCAUCACCAAUCAAAUUUAUAUCCCCAUUAUUCAAUAAAGCUCCCACGUUUCUACCUUCGAUAAGCCCCUACGGUGUUUUUGUUUGUGCGUCUGAUAAACAAAGAUAAAGCUCCUGAAUAUGAACAAUGAAGGAAACGGCGGUUUAGGGGGAACAAGUGCCAUGAAUCCUACAAGCUUUGCGAAUCUUUCAGAAGGCUGUGUGUCAUAUAUUUUAUCGUUCACUUCACCUCGUGAAGUGGGCAGAGCGUCGUCGAUUUCUAGUGAAUUCAAACGUUUCGCUAAUUCUGACUUAGUCUGGGAGCGAUUCCUGCCGUCCGAUUACCUGGACAUCAUUUCUCGAUCGUUUUCUCCGGUGGUAUAUUCAUGCAAAAAAGAAUUAUACUUACGACUUUGUGAUUCUCCGAUCCUUAUUGACGAUGGCAAGAUGAGCUUCUCCCUUAAUAAACAAAAUGGAAAAAAAUGUUUUGUUCUAGCAGCUAGGACGCUAUGGAUUGUAUGGGGAGACACUUUAGUUUUCUGGAGAUGGAGAUCUUUUCCUGCAUCAAGGUUUAAAAAGGUAGCCGAGCUUCUAGCUGUCUGUUGGCUUCAUAUCCAGGGUGGGAUGGAAACAAGAAUGCUGACAUUAGAGACUACUUAUGCAGCAUAUCUUGUGUACAACAUUUUGGAGACCUCUCAUGGGCUUGACUUCAAAGGGAAGACAAAUGUGAUAUAUCAUAGUGGAAGAGAUGACGAUGUGCCAACAACCUUGCAUACAACUGUUUACUUGAAACCACCAAAAACGGGCGGGAGUUUGCAUGGGACUGAAGAUGGGGACGUGAUGGGUGGGUCCCCGCAGAGGCGAGCGGAUGGGUGGAUGGAGAUUGAGUUGGGGAAAUUCUAUAAUGGAGAUAUUGAUGGUUCUGUGGAUAUUUGGUUUUGCGAGACACGUGAACUUGGUUGGAAAUCUGGGCUGAUUGUUGAGGGUUUUGAUAUUCGUCCUAUAGAUCCGUGAUGACAAAAAUGGGAAAAGGAAAACUGUUCCAAAUAACUUGGUUGCUAUUUGUGAUUCAUUGAGCAUAAGCUAAGAGAAGGGUAUUAAUGGUUGCAAGAUUGGCCUAGGAGCCAUUAACGCUCCUCAGUCGAACCACUUAGCAAAUUGUUCUCGUGGUUAUUUCUAAGUGUAUUUAUGUCUAUUUGUCAAAGUGUUGGUUGUGCUAGAAAAUUUAAUAAAAAUUAUGUAUUUUUGUUAAACUUUGAACACGUUUAAAUGUAAAUAUAUUGUAUA